AUGACAGAUAAAAUGAACUCACACAAAGGCAAGAAGGAACUCACAGAAGACAGCCUGGGAGAUGGGAAGCACAGCCGGAAAAAGCGAGAGCGACUAUUUAGAAAGAGAUUUUCUAGACUGAGCCUCUUCUCUGGGUCUCCUAAGAAUAACCUCCCUCAGGGAAGAAGUCAGCUAUUUGAAGACAAGAGGAGAUGUUUACACAGGAAAGGUUCCAAAAAGCUGAAGCCUGUGCAGGAGGAAGUGUGUUCUUUAAGGAAGCCACACUCCGGGAAAAUGUGUCCAAAAUGCGAAAUCCUGGUCUGCCGGAAAUGCGAGACACUGCAUUCCCAAAGCAGCUUCAUUGCCCACAGCCUGCUGGAUCACUACGACAGAGGAGGAGACACCAGCUCUCAUACGUUGAUCGCAGAAAGCCAGGAAGAUAGAGGUGACUGAAGGCUUGGUGUCGGUGCCUGGUUGGUACCUGACCACAUCUAAAUGCUAAAGCUUGGAUCCACUGAGGCUGACUGGAUCUGCAGUCCACGCACUCUCUAUGCAGCAUCAUGCUGUAGUUCAUCCUUCCUAUGUGUAUAGUAGAUGCACAUUCACUAAUUUAACUGGCAUAAACUCUGCAAGCAAAUAUUUGUAAGUAGGAACUAGAAAUUUCUCAUCUAUUUAGAACAGGGAAUUGUUUCAGAAACUGUUUUGAAAAGUUUUCUUUUUCCUUUCAAGGAAACUGGAUAAUCCUAUUGAGAUGCAAAGGAGAAAAUGAGUAUUAAAUG